AAGACGCCCAAUGAGCGCAGGGCGCUGUUAGAGUUGAAAAAGCCAGCGUCCGCCGGCGCCGUUUAUUCUGUUUCUCAUCUGUGAAGUGCAGAGCUCGACGCCAUGGCAAGAACCAAGCAGACGGCCCGUAAAUCCACUGGUGGCAAGGCGCCCAGGAAGCAGCUCGCCACCAAGGCUGCCCGCAAAAGCGCCCCCGCUACCGGCGGCGUGAAGAAGCCUCACCGUUACAGGCCCGGCACCGUGGCUCUGAGGGAGAUCCGCCAUUAUCAGAAAUCUACUGAGCUGCUCAUCCGUAAGCUGCCCUUCCAGCGCCUGGUAAGAGAAAUUGCUCAGGACUUUAAGACCGAUUUGCGCUUCCAGAGCUCGGCUGUCAUGGCACUGCAGGAGGCGAGCGAGGCAUACUUGGUCGGCCUGUUCGGGGACACUAACCUGUGUGCCAUCCACGCCAAGAGAGUGACCAUCAUGCCCAAGGACAUUCAGCUGGCACGCCGUAUUCUCGGAGAGCGCACUUAA